AUGAAGGGUUCAGUGUUUUUCUCUGUGCUUCUGCUUCUUCCGCUUUUCGUCUCCGCAAGGCAUAUCAGUUGGCAACAUUCACGUCAUGGGCAUCAUCAUCAUCCGAGUGAAGUGACAACGGAUGGGCAUGGGGUGGCACCAGGGAAGCACAAAGUGGAUACAGUUGCUGUGGCUGGGUCAAGGUUACCGGACUGUUCUCAUGCAUGUGGCUCGUGUUCACCGUGCAGACUGGUCAUGGUUAGCUUCAUAUGUGCAUCGAUUGCAGAGGCUGAAACAUGUCCUAUGGCUUACAAAUGCAUGUGUAAAAACAAAUCCUACCCUGUUCCUUAGCUAAACCCCACAUCUCCUUUUCCAUCUAAACGUUAAAUACUCGCAAGAUUUUGAU